UCUGUCUCAGCCAUGGGUGUACCUGCGAUGAGUUUUCCGAUCAUACCGAUCAUAAGAGUGAUGGGAGUCACGAUCAUGUCUCUUGUGCUUAUUUGGGCCGUCCAUUUCAGAGGAGGACUCGCUCUCGUUUCUGACGACAAAGAUCUCAUCUUCAACGUCCAUCCUGUGUUAAUGGUGAUCGGCCUCAUUCUUCUGAAUGGUGAAGCCAUGCUCGCAUACAAGACAGUUUCAGGAACAAAGAGCUUUAAAAAAUUAGUUCAUCUUACUCUGCAACUUCUCGCCUUCUGUCUAAGUGUGGUUGGAAUCUGGGCUGCACUGAAGUUUCAUAACGACAAGGGCAUUGAAAAUUUUUACAGUCUGCAUUCCUGGUUGGGACUUGGCUGCAUCCUUUUGUUUGGCAUUCAGUGGGCACUUGGAUUUGUGAUCUACUGGUACCCUGGUGGCUCAAGGACUAGCAGAGCCGCAUUACUUCCCUGGCAUGUAUUUUUCGGGGUCUAUAUCUAUGCUCUUGCCAUUGCUACUGCUGCCACGGGUUUUCUAGAGAAGGCCACAUUCCUUCAGACAGGUCGGGUAAUAUCACGGUAUUCUUUGGAGGCCUUGCUCAUGAACUCAUUGGGUGUCUUGGUUGUGGUAUUGGGUGGUUUUAUUGUCCUUGCCGUUCUCGCUCCCGCAAGUGGCAAGGUUGGUCCAGCUGAGUAGAGAACCCGAAAGUCCUUUUUUCUUCUUCGGAUUUAUUAUGAAUCCAGAUUGUAUUCUUGAUUCAUGUACUGAGGGGUCGGCCUCAUCGAUCAAAAUCACAGUAACUCAACAUAUUGAUCCUGUAUAAACUGAUUGUGAGUUAAUUUCAGGGGAAAGCAAAUUAUGGAAAGCUUGGUAUUCCUGGUUCUUUCCAUCUGCAUGGU